CCAGCCCCAAGCAGAAUGCUGCUGCUGAACCAUCACAGCUAGUUCUGGGGUCAGCAGAACCCCAAAAACCAUUGACAGUUUGCUGCCUGUGAAUGGGAGGAUGCUGAGAGGCACCACGCAGUCAGUGCAACCCAAGCUCAAGUGCAGCCAUCAGGUGCUGGUGCUGCUGGGCUGGGUCCUACCCCAGUGCACAAAGGGAACCCAGCACCAGCCUUACACCUCAUUAAGUGCCAGCACUAAUUACAUCAAUAGUGGGACAGUGUUUCCAGGAGCCUGAGGAGGACACAGCAUGGGGCUCCCCUUCACACUCCCCACCCUGUACCACCUGUCCCCAAGGCAGUGAGGGGCCGGUGCCAGCAGGAGGGCUCACUGCCCAGCUGCCCCUUUAAGGCCAAUCCUAGCGGUGUUCUCUUUCUUCCCAGGAAAAUGAGUCUCUAAUUGCAGUAUGGGGGGGGGGUCUCGGGGGCUGCAUCAGCUGCCGGCUGUGCCAGCCCAGUGCCAGACUGCACCCAGCGAUGGCCAGCGUGCAGGUCCCCAUUGCACUGUCUCUUCAUCCCUGUCCUCUCUGCCUCGCACUCACUGCCCGUGUCUCGCAGGUGGCUCUUCGUAUCCGACCCAUGAGUGUGGCUGAGCUGCAGAGGGGGGCCAGACCCAUUGCACACCGCCUGGAUGAGCAGGUUGUGGUGCUGCAAGACCCCAUGCAGAACCCUGAUAAUACCCUGCGUGCCAGCCGCUCUAGGGAGAAAUCCUACGUCUUUGAUGCAGCCUUUGACUCCACAUCCACCCAGGAGACUGUGUACCGUGCCACCACCCAAGGCCUCAUCCCAAGCGUCAUCUCCGGCUGCAAUGCCACUGUCUUUGCCUAUGGCCCCACUGGCUGUGGGAAGACCUACACCAUGCUCGGCACUGAUAGCGAGCCUGGCGUCUGUGCCCGAACCCUGGGCGACCUCUUCUGUGCCAUCAAGGAGUGCAGCAGUGAUGCAGAACAUGAGGUCUCCAUGUCCUACCUAGAGAUCUACAACGAGGUGAUUCGGGACCUGCUGAGCCCCUCUCCACGCUCCCUGCAGCUGUGGGAGGAUUCCCACGGCACCGUCCGAGUGGUCGGCAUAACCGAAGUGUCGGCCAGCAGCACCAAGGAGGUCCUACAGCUGCUGCUGAAGGGGAAUCAGCGGCGGACACAGGAGCCCACAGCCACCAACCACACCUCAUCACGCUCUCACGCCGUGCUGCAGGUCACUGUGCGGGGACGGGGGCUGCGCUGCGGGCGACUCCAACUGAUCGACCUGGCAGGAUCCGAGCGGGCGGCGUGGACGCAGAACCGUGGGCAGAGGAUGAAGGAGGGAGCGCACAUCAACAGGUCGCUGCUGGCCCUGGGCAACUGCAUCAAGGCGCUGAGCAAACCAGCAGGCAGAGCACACGUCAACUACCGUGACAGCAAACUGACCCGCCUGCUGAAGGACUCACUCAAGGGUAACAGCCACACGGUGAUGAUCGCCCACAUCAGCCCUGCCAGCUCUGCCUUUGAGGAGUCCCGCAGCACGCUCACCUACGCCCAGCGCACCAAAAGCAUCCGCCCCACGGUGAAGCACAACCUGCUCGGCAGCUCACCCCGUGGCAGCAUUGUGGCCAACCUGCACGAGGACAUCCAGCACCUCAAGCACCAGCUGUACACCACUCCAGGUCCAGGCAAGCACCACAACAUCCGCUACACCCAAGGUAAUGCCUGGCCACGCUGUGCUGCCCUGGAGCUGCAGGGCUCGGUGCUGACACCCAUAUCCCCAGCCCAGGUCCAGCUGCGGGACCAGCUCCUUGGUGCCUGCCGUGAGCAGGCAGCCCUGUGCCAGCACUUGGUGCAGCUGGAGGGCACAGCACUGCACACCCGGAUGGCGGCCACCAGUCACCUCCGUGUCCUCACUCGCUGGAAGAGGAGAGCAUGGCGCUGGGGCAAGGAGGGACAAGGGGAGACAGGAGGGCCAAGUGAGAGCAGGAGGAACAUGGACGUGGAUGUGCCGGAACCACCCAGCGUGAUCACAGCACGGGAGAGCUUCAUGGCACUGGUGGAGAAGCAGGGCAGACUCCAGGAGCAGAAGGCAGAGCUGGAGCGGCGCUUCCAGCAGAGCCAGCAGCACACACGGCGGCUGGAGGAGGCUGUGCAAAGCGGGAGCAGCUCCAUGCAGCAGCAGGAGGUGCUGGCCCUGCUGUGCCGCCUGCACCAGCUGCAGCUGCACAACGCAGAGCUGCGCUCCCGCUCCCUGCUCCAGGGUGGUGGCAUUUGGCAUUUCCCAGCCAUUGCCGCACAACCCUUCAACCAGCACCGGGCUUUCCGUGCUGCAAAGGUGAGCACAGCAGCACAUCCACGGCACCAGAGCCAGGUGAGUGGCUGUGCUGGAGGAGAGGGAAGAGCCGCUGGGUGCCACAAGGAGAAAGAGGCAGCUGCAGCCAUUCGAGGUCGCCGACCAUGGGCUCCAGGCAGGGCCGGCACUCACCACUCAGCUGCAUCGUGGCAACUGGGACAAGGACCUCCAGCAAGGACAGGUGGAACCCUUGGUGCUGAGCUGAGCUCCCUACUGAAGCACAGCCAUCCCGGUGCCAAACAACAGGCUGCCCAACUCAGCGCCCCACAUAGCCCAUAGUGCCAGCCCUGUUGGGGCCCAUUGACCAAACCUCGCCGUGGGACACACACAGCUGUGCUGGGCAGUGACCUCCAUGGCUCAGCAGAGCAGCACAGGAGCUGAAGUUUAUCAUUUCAGAGCAUUAAAAGGAGGUACACGGA